AUGGCUUCCUCCCCGUCUACUAGUGAUGAUAUCCUUGACAGUCUCAAGAAAAACGUCGACCCCACCGUUCUCUCGGAGCGUGAUGCGGCCAUGCGGAAGCGGGUCGCAAAGCAGUACGAGAAAGCCCAGAAUCAGCUGAGAAAUUUGGUUAACGCCAACUCGACACUCCCGGUCACGAUUUCCUUCAUAAACAUCGACGGGGCAAAGAAUACCCGCACUGGCUUCCUGCGAAAAGUCCUUGAGCAGACUUUCGCAGAAAGCAAAGGACCGGGGUUUACGUUAGAGGACGCACUGCGGGAGUUGAGGCGUGACUGUAACACCUUUUACAAGUUUGGGAUAUUUCACCCGCCCACACUCUACAUCGAUUCUGCUGGUAAGAGGGAUGGCAAGACAAUGCUCAAGGCCGAAAUCAGCUUGAGGGAGUUACCGAGGUUUACUCUGAAGACCGGUACUGAUAUGGGGAAUACUGAGGGGAGCGGGUACCCUGAGGGGAGCGGGUACCUAAGUCUUACUUACCGGAAUAUGUUUGGUGGGGCUGAGAGCUUGAACGGAUAUGCUUCUACCGGCACAAGGACUAGGUCGGCGUACGAGCUGAACUUUCAGGCUCCGAUCAACGCGAAUCCAGAUUUGAUUCUAGAGACCAGUGGGUAUGCGUCCACUCGGUCCCAUCAAUACUAUUCCUCGCAUGAGGAGGUUCUUAGAGGUGGAAAGGUUGGGGUUAAGUGGGGUGAGCAUGAAACUGGUUAUACUGGAGUUUGGAGACAAAUCACGGGCCUUGCUCAGGAGGCUUCCCCAACUAUUCGGGGCGAUGCGGGGGACUCGGUGAAGAGUAGUCUUUGGCACGCCUUCACGAGAGAUCGCCGGGAUAGCCAUUUACUCCCCACCCGUGGGUGGAUGGUUAAAUCAGAAUCCGAGGUCGCUGGAUGGGGAGGUCUCGGAGGUGAUGUAGCCUUCUGGAAGAACGAGAUGGAGACACAGGUUGCAGCACCGCUGGGCGCAUCUGGCGUUUCAGUGUCAGCGGGACUCAGAGGCGGACUACUCUAUCCACUCUGCCUGGGAGUUGGAGACAACAGAAAACCACCGCAGCCAUCCCGCAUCAACGACCGUUUCCGAUUGGGUGGCCCAACAGAUGUACGUGGGUUCAAGGAAUGUGGAUUAGGACCAAGACAUGGAAAUGAUAGCGUUGGAGGAGAUAUAUACAUGGCAGGUGGAGCCAGUAUCUACUUUCCUCUCCCUAAAGUAGGACCAGAGAAGCCACUGAGACUGCAAGCGUUUGUAAACAGUGGACGCCUUGUCGGCCUUCAGGGCCUUGCUGAAGACAGCGGCGAUGUCAAUAGUAGCGUAGCGGGAGCGCUUAAGGAACUGGGUAACGGGCUGCCGAGUGUCGCUGCAGGAAUCGGCUUGGUCUACGCUCAUCCAAUAGCGAGAUUCGAGUUAAACUUUUGCCUACCGCUCGUGAAGAGGUCUGGGGAGAAGGGUCGGAAGGGAUUGCAACUUGGGAUCGGGAUUAACUUCCGAUAG